CAUCCGGCUGUCAAAACACGCGGAGAGCAGCAAAACAUUCCCGAAUUUGGCGAGAUAAAAAUGCACAAUUGACAUGGAUUCGGUGGGUGGCGAUAAGAAGGAGGCGAAAAACGGCACUGCGCUGACUGUUGAUGAGAUUGAGAUUGAAAUUUUGCCGACAAUCUACGCCAUAAUUCGCAGUGUGGAGAAAGAUCCGGUGGACAAACAGAGGGAAUCUCAAGAUUGCAGUUUGAAAGUGCUGGAACUCCAGAAGAAGCUCGACAGCGUGCGCAGCCAGAUCAGGCAGCUUCCCAUCGAUCUGAACAAGGAAGAACAGCUGCAGCGGCUCGAGACGCUGCGCAAUCAAUUGCUGCUGAAGCAGAAUCUGCUGAACAAGUACAAGAACAUCCAGUUCUAGGCACCCGAAAUGGUUCUGCGGCUGCUGAUGCGCUACCUGGCCAACAAUGAGCAGCUGAUCCAGCGCCUCUCCGAGAGCUACGCCAUCCGCCGGGCGGCGCAGCUCACGCU